UUUCAGAAGCAAUUGAAAGGCAAACACACGGCUAAAAGCAUAAAAUGCAGCAGCAUUUAUUAAUUUUGUGGUAUUCUUAUUUUACUGCCAAUUGGUUUUAAAUUUAAUUUUUAAUUAAAUUAAUUAACUGCUGCAGAUGUUUGUGUUAAUUGUUUAUGAUAAGUAAUCGUGAUAAAAACUUUGUGGUAAAAUCGCUUCUAUAGUGCGUGAAUACAAGCCCAAGUGCGAUAAACGCGAUUAACACAAAUAUAUCUUUGUAUCCAUCGGCUUAUGUUGUGUGUGCUAAUUGUCUUGAAGCAAACUUUGGUUCAUUGUGUGCGUGUGUUGAAACAUUGAUAUUUCCAGUGCCGGUGCAAUGCGUAAAACGCGAUCACAAACACAGGCGGAGGCCGCAAUGGCAAAUGCGGGACGUACGGUCUCCUCCACCUCUAAUACACCGUCGGUUGUCUCGUCGUCGGAUAAUAGCAACCAGCCAACAAUGGUUGGUCGCGGGUCGGCCAAUAUUCAGGUGGCUGCUGUAAGUGCACAGAAACGUAUACCACAACCGGAUCAUUUCAAAAUCAAGGAAUGUGAGGAAAUGGUAAAUUUGCUUCGCGUAGUAGAACUUCAACAGAUACUAUCAUUUUUAAAUAUUUCGUUUGCUGGGCGCAAAGUCGAUCUUCAACGACGUAUCAUCAAUCUUCUCCAUUCAAACUACGAUCUAUUGGCACCGAAAAUACGUGAAGUUUAUACACAAUCAAUUGCUGAACAACAAGCACAACAGUACGGACCUACAGAUCCAAAGAGAAUGUAUUCACAUAUGCAAAUGCCACCAGUGCCACCGAAUUCAGCACCUGGUAUUCCAAAUGCCGGUCAACCAACAGCUGUCGGUGGACCACCUAUUGCUGGUGUACCACCCACUGGACCCGGCGUGGCAAACAAUAUGGUACCCUUUAUGAAUCCCAUACCCACACAUAUACCCAUACAUCCAGAUGUACGUCUAAAGAAGCUGGCAUUUUAUGAUGUAUUGGGCGUAUUGAUUAAACCCUCAUCACUCGUGCCGCGUAAUACACAGCGUAUACAAGAAGUACCAUUCUAUUUUACAUUGACACCGCAGCAAGCCACAGAAAUUGCAUCAAAUCGUGACAUACGAAAUAGUAAUAAAAUUGAGCAUGCUAUACAGGUGCAAUUACGAUUCUGUUUGUUGGAAACUUCUUGCGAGCAAGAAGAUUGUUUCCCGCCCAGUGUCAGUGUAAAAGUCAAUAAUAAGUUAUGCCAACUACCGAAUGUCAUUCCAACAAAUAGACCGAACGUUGAACCGAAACGUCCACCACGUCCGGUUAAUGUCACAGCGAAUGUUAAGCUUUCGCCUACAGUUACCAAUACAAUUACCGUGCAAUGGUGUCCGGAUUAUACACGUGGCUAUUGUAUUGCCGUGUAUCUAGUAAAGAAACUGACUUCAGCGCAACUAUUGCAUCGUAUGAAGACCAAAGGUGUUAAGCCAGCCGAUUACACUCGUGGAUUAAUCAAAGAGAAACUAACUGAGGAUGCAGAUUGUGAAAUUGCCACCACAAUGCUUAAGGUAUCACUUAACUGUCCAUUGGGCAAAAUGAAAAUGUCCAUACCGUGUCGUGCAUCAACUUGUUCGCAUUUACAAUGUUUCGAUGCUAGUCUUUACCUGCAGAUGAAUGAGCGUAAGCCAACAUGGAAUUGUCCAGUGUGUGAUAAGGCAGCCAUUUAUGAUAAUUUGGUCAUUGAUGGUUAUUUCCAAGAGGUACUCGCUUCGUCACUACUUAAACCCGAUGAUACUGAAAUACAAUUACAUAAAGACGGCUCUUGGAGCACACAUAGUUUGCGUAAUGAGGCUCAAGUAAUUGACACACCGACGAAGCCAAUUGAGAAGGUGGAAGUCAUUUCAGAUGAUAUUGAAGUUAUAACCACAGAAGACGUAAAGAUGGUUAAAGCUGGCGCACCGCCUGCAACAUCCAAUGAUCAGCCAACAUCAACAACAAACAGUGAAACGGUUGAUUUAACUCUCAGCGAUUCCGAUGACGAUAUGCCUUUGGCGAAAAGGCGUCCGGCUAUCAAACAAAGUGCCGCCGCAAAUACCGCCAGCGCAGUAUCCACAUCGAAUAUUAAUAUUAACGGUAACGGCGGUAAUGGUAAUUCUGCCGGUAAUGGUGGCUCAAAUGCCAAUCAACGUAAUGCAUUUGCACAGCAACGAACUGCACAACAAAAGGAAAUGGCGGAGGAAAAUGAGCAGAAUUUUCAAAGUCUGGAGCUUGCCGACUCUUCGCCCAGCGUACAUAGUGUUCAUGAGCAGAGAAAUGAUCUCUAUGCCGAUGAUACAACGCAACAGUUGCAACAACACCACCAACAACAAUAUGCACAUGAUCAGCAACGUCAUCAGCAACAACAAUUGCAUAAUAAUCGACGUGGCAGUAGCGUAAGUAGUGGUGGCACAAGUGUAUCAUCCAAUUCGGCCGCUACAUCGUCAAUAUCCACAACAGUUAUGGAAACCGUUUCGGCUACAUCAAGUGCGCCAACGGAACAGUAAAUUGUAUACAUUUUAAAGCUAUUGAUUUUUAGUUGUUGAGUGUUUCAAUGUUGUAAGUGGCAUAAGUGACAUAGUGUAUCUAUGUAUGUUAGAAAAUCAUUAUAUGUAUGUAGCUGCUAAGAGUUAAAUGUAUUGGGGGGUAUACUUUUCGAGGUGCGAACUUGCUGAGACGCAACCGCUGUUAGAUAAGAAUAGUUUUUUUUUCACAAUUUUUCAAGUUGUUUUUUCUAAACUUAGUGUCGUUGCCGCCAAGGGGUAGGCAAUUCUGUAAUUUAUAAUGUCGUAAUUUCGUUUUUAAUCUUGUUUAAAAAGUAUUUGUUUUUAGGCUGAUUCGUACAAUAUGCGCGUUCCACUGAGUUUGUUUUUUUUUGUAGCGGCUCGUUAAUCGCUUUUAGUGGCAGGUUAAUCAAUUUAAGUCACCGACGUCAUCUAAUGGGGGGGUCCAAGAAACGUCUUGUUCGGACGGGAUCGGACCAGAGCGAGAGGGGAGCUGUUAGAUGUGUCGGUUUUAGGGGGCAUGUAAAGAGGUGGUUAAAAUCAUGCGGAGACACUCUACAUGUAGGACAUACGUUGGGUAUAUUGCUGUCGAGUCUGGAUAAGUCUCACGACAUCCGGUUCUACGCAACUCUCACCUCAGCCAGUUUUAUGCACCGGAGUUGAAUCGAAUUUUAUCCAACCAAGGGCCGUCACCUUUUCGGCGACGUAGCCCCUUUUAUCUCAACAGGUACCACACGAUCUGCUCGGUAGGUGUCGCAAGUAUCCAAAGAAUAUUUCUCUCAGAUUCAUUGUCAGCAAAAGUUUUGGACUAGAAGAAGCAACUCGGAUCUUUAUUCGUAAAAAAAAAACAAAAUCUACUGAAAACAGCAAUUUUUUAUUUUCACUCCAAAUGUUGAAAAGAAAUAUUUUCUCCAAUUCGUAUACUUCUUUGAUAGUAUAUUUUUAGCGCCGCUCGAAACAAUUAAUGGCACAUUAUAGUGGCAUAUAAUUCACAGAUUCAAAUUUAUAGAGGACAAUGUUAUUGUAAAAAAUGUUUAGUGUAAAAAAAAAAAAACAAAGUUAAUAUAGAAAAGCAACUCUAUGAUGUUCUAUUAUUAUACCGAGAGCAGUUAAAAUAAAUUUUUAGAAUAGAGCACUUAAUUAAAUCACGUGAGACUGGAAACAUAGUGUGGCAGAGUGAUGGGUCGUGCAAAAUAAUAUUCAUCUCUACCCUACACCAUGUUCCAGGCUUAAAUAUGUGAAACGUGAAAACGAAAGAGAAUUAAAAAUUAAAGUUGUUAAAAUGUAUGUAGAAAAUGUUUGAGAUUCUUAUGUUCUUAAACGAGCACACUGACCUAUGAAACUUAAUAGAUUUAAAAGCCAACAAAAAAAAAAAA